GUGCACAUAGAGACGCUAAUAAAUAAAAACAUCUAAAACGACGCGAUGACCGCUCUCAGGUUCCUCCAGGAGGUUCCUCUCUGUUUAUAUACAGCUUGCAUAUUGUAAAACUUGUAGAAGUUUGAUAAAUCUAAUUUAUACACAGAAAGAAAAGUAUACGUUCUGUGCUAUGCACAUGAAAUGUUAGUAACAGAAUUAUUUAUUUUUUAUUAUAUGUAUAUGCUAUAGAGAAGGUAAAUAUAUCAUCGCUCGUUUGCUUCUAUGUAGCAUGGACCAAAAAAAUUAUUAACAAUGUCGAUAAGUGGGUGAGGUCACGUAAUUUUACGUCCAUCACCUUUGGUGUUGAUGCUAGUCAAAUAUCAAUCGCACGAAAAAGGUGCGGUGGCCGUUCUCGGGUUAACCUCUCUGAUAACGACAUAAAUAGCGUAAUUCGAAAUUUCGAAAUGGAAAUAUUGCAGAGGUUUUGAUGAUGAAUUACUAUGAGUUUAUAGAGAAAAUGUAUACAAGCCAUCUUUACUAUCGAUUGCGAGUAAAAACGCGACUUUCGCUUUACUACUGUGUUUACUGCACAGUAAGAUGGCGGCAGUGGAGACUUUAGGAGGCUUUACGUUGCAAAAGCGUGUCGGUUAGAUUCAAUUUGAAAUUGUUUGGUGCGAGAUGGGUGUCAAAGAUCUGUGGAACAUUUUGACGCCUUUGUGUGAGAAGAAGCCGCUGUACGAGCUGCAGGGAAAGACCAUCGCGAUCGAUUUAAGCGGGUGGAUCGUGGACAGCCAAACGAUUGUCGACAAUGCGGUGCAACCGAAGAUGUAUCUUAGAAACUUGUACUUUCGUACGGCAUACCUUCUCAUGCACGGGAUAUCUCCUGUAUUUGUAUUGGAGGGAAAAGCACCCACCCUGAAACAUAAAACUAUUACACGAAGGAACAACGUUCGUAGUGGAUUACAGGAGAGAAAGACCUCUAAGAAAGCAGGGAGAACACAGUUUAAUCGAGUUUUAAACGAGUGUAAAGAAUUAUUAAGAUAUAUGGGAGUUGCUUGUAUACAGAGCUAUGGCGAAGCAGAAGCUAUGUGUGCUUACUUAAAUGAAGAUGGACUUGUAGAUGGAUGUAUAAGUCAAGACAGCGACUGUUUCUUAUAUGGUGCCAAAAUAGUGUACAGAAACUUUUCUAUGGGAAAUUAUGGCGCUACAGGUGGUUCUAUGGAUGUGUAUAGUACAGAAAAAAUAGAGAGAACAUUGAAUAUAGGAAGAAAUAAAAUGAUAGCAUUAGCUUUGUUGUGUGGUUGUGACUAUGAUGAGGGAGUGAGUGGUGUUGGUAAGGAGGCUGCUUUAAAAUUUUUUAAGAUUGUAAAAGAAGAAGAUGUCUUACAAAGGAUUCAAGAUUGGAGAACUGAUACAAGUUUAGAUAAAGCUGAGUCAAAUUUAUUAAAUCCUAAUUUGUGCACAACAUGUGGUCAUUCAGGAAAAUUACAAAAACAUACAAAAUCAGGUUGCGUUGAUUGUGGAACCGUUACAAAGUGUAGUGAUGAUUUUAAAGAAAAAAGGACGUUGAUAUUAAACGAAAUAUCAUUAAGAAAGAAGGCACUCUGCGAUGAAAAAUUUCCAAAUCAGGAAUUGAUAGAUGAAUUUCUUAUCAGAAAAGGGUCAGUUCCAACUGAAUUAGAUAUAAAAUGGAAGCAACCUCAAUUUGAUCAACUUAUUGAUUUUAUGUAUAAACAUGUAUGUUGGGAACCACAAUAUGCGUUUGAAAAAAUAUUUCCUUUUACUACUAGAUGGCAAUUGUUACAUCUACCAUAUUUUACACUUGAUGAACGAUUAUGCAUGUUAGAUCUAUUUAUUCCUGAUAGCAUAACAAAGAUACGAAAUGUUAGAUCUAUAGCCAGUUAUGAAAUUAUAUGGAAAAAGGAGCAUUCUGUAAUAAAAAUGCUAAAAGAAUAUAAAGAGCAAACAAAUGAGAAUGAUGAUGAUGAUGGUGAUGUUAACAAUUUGUUAACAAGUAUUGAACCGCAAGAUUUGGUUUUAAAAUGUUAUCCAGUAUUAGUUGAAAAAUAUGAAUAUGCUAGGAACGAAAAAAGAAAAACGAAAAAAAGAAAUGCAAAUUCUCAGAGAAAAAAAACUACAAUAUUAAAAAAAAAUAAUAAGAAGAUUGAUGAAUUUAUAUCUAGAAAUGAUCCAAUAUCUUUAGAAGAUUCCUUCGAGAAAAUGGCAAUUACACCAAAAAGAUCAAAGCAAAGAAAUAUUUUGAGUAAAUUAGGUAAUGAAUUAAAAACGAGAAACGUAUCUGAAGAUAUUGCGAUUGUGAAUGUAGAACAAAUAAAACGUGAUCCACAAUUUAAAAAAGUUUUAGAAGUAGAAAAAGAAAAUUCAAAAUUGAAUAAUACGAUUGGUAGAAUGUUCAAUGAACUUUCGCCUGAUGAUUUUAUGAGCGAAAAUGAAGAUGAUUUAAAUGUAACAAAUGUAAUUGAGAAUAUAUGUAGUAAACAGACAUUUCAGUUUAGUACAAAUAUGUGUCAACCUACAGAAGCUAUUAACCAGUCUGUAACAAAUGUAGAAGAAUGUAUAAUAAUUGAUGAAUUUACACCCGUGAUAUACACUAGCAAAAAUAUUCAUGCAGAGGAUAAAAAAGAAAAAUCAGAUAACUCUGAUGAUGAAUUUGAUAUUAAUGAAUCAUAUAUUCCUAUUAAUCAAAGAAUACAAAUAGGAGAAAACCGAAAAUCUGUAUCAAUGUGCAAUCAGUUAAGAAAGAAAUUUAGUUUUGAUUUUGAAAAUAUUAUGGACCAAACUGAUGAAAGCAUUUAGAUAUAUAAUAUCAUAAAGCACUAAUUUUUAAUUAAGAUGUAAUAAAAAAUUUUUGAAUAUAUAACAUUCUUAGAAUACAAUAUGUACUUUAAUCAAUAUCUUUCACUAUACAUGAAUAUACUUAUCUAUGUAUAUUGAAUAUGCAUAUAUAACAUAUGUGAAUAUGUGGAUUAAUUUAGAUUUUUAAUUUUUUUCAAGAAUU